CAGUCUUCGUCUCGCCGUUAUCCGCGUUGGUUCGUUGCUCGAAAUACAGCGGAGAUUGUUGUGUCGUGUUAGCGCGUUGCUACUCGAAUUCAGUGAGUGUUUUCAUACUUAUAUACAUAUACGCAACACACAUAUUGACAGCGUGGCCGUUGCUGAUGGUGACAGGUGCGCGUGUGUAAGCAACAAAUAAAAUAUUGAAAAGGUGAAAUAUGUAUAUAAAUAAAUAAUAGUGCUGAAAGUUCACAUAAUUCUUAAAGAUUAAAUAUUUUGGCAUUUUUUAAGUUUUAUAAAGAAUUUUAUUGUUUCUUAAUUUUUUUAAAUAUUUUUCGUGCGCGUCGUGCCAGUGAACUGUGUGUUGAAUGCAAAGCGGCGCGGUGAACAAAAUAGUCGUCGGUGUGUCAGUCAGUCAGCCAACGUGUUGUUGCUGUAGUGUUAACAAAAAAUCACUCGUUCUUAAGUAAUUUACAUAAAAAAUUUUUAAUUUUAUUGUUGAUAUCGAAUUGGUCAUUGAAGAGCGUAGCGCGCGUUUACAUUGUGCGGCGAGUGAGAAGCGAAAAGUGAAAAAGAGAAAAUAACGUAAUUACUUUCAUAAAGUGCCGCAGUGCAUAGCACAAUCGCACGUUCUUCAGCUGACCUGCCGAGUGCGUGCGACGCGAAUUUGUGGGAGAAAACGUGCAAAGCGGCUGGCGGAAAAGCGGUUCAAAACAAAACUCUGAAUAAAAUUAAUAAUCAGGUAAAAUUUUAAACUAAAAUAUCCAAAAGUGUAUUACGCUGGUAUAUGUCUAAAACCACUAUAAUAAAGUGUUUCACUGCAUAUAAUCAUUUGCGAAAAAAUUUCCACAGAAAAGAAAAAUCAAAACCAGCUACAUCCCAGAAGACUAAUAAAAAUCGUGAUUGUUCCAAAAAAGCGUUUGCCACUGAGCAAUCGUUGUAAAGUGAAAUAGCAAAGUAAAAUAUGUGCAUAAUACACACAUAGCUGUAACUCAGCAUAAUCAAUGCGAAGCAAGUUGCACGCCACAAAGGAGAAACCUGUCAUUCAUAGAAGCGGUUACCAACGGCGACGCACAACAACAACAGCCUCAUUAACAUACCGGAUUCGGUACCAAAAAUAAGCGGAAUAUACAUAAAAUAAAGAGUGGCAGAAGAUUUAACAAAGUAAAAUCGCUAGAAAAAAAAUAACAAAAACAAGAGUAACAAAAAUUGCCGUCAUAAGUUUCACUUUCUUUCGACUGAUCGACAGUUUCGAAUUAAUUUCGAUUUGGAAGCACGAAGGUGAACUCUGCAGCUUCACGCAGCGCGUAUCUACCAACAAAUUGUAGCCAUACAAAAUUAAUUUGCGCUUAACGAUAUAUAUCAACUUCCAACUAGGAGUAACUAGAUUUUCGAAUUAGAUUUGACACAAAAUAAACAUUGUUUUAAGAAAACGUACGAAGUGCUGUUAUUCAUUUGAUUGCAGACGAACGCAAUACUUUUUGCUGGGAGGAAAUAGAUAAAUAAAAGCAACAACAUCAUCACGAAGCAGUAGCGCUGAAAUGAAAAUAAAACACUUUUGCGAAAGCACUUAGGGAAGGACAUAAAGUAAACAAAAGACAAGAGUACUUUUUUCCGAACGUGUUAGAGUGGGAAGAGCGGCAUAGUGAUAAGGCAAAAUUGAAGACGACAAGCACAGACAUACACAUAUAUGUACUAAUGCGAUGAACCAAGAACGACAACGCGGUUAAGUUCAACACAAUAAAAGCGCAACAGAAAACGAAUAAAUAAAAGUGAAUGUUGAAUAAAUAACAAAAACGCGCACACAAUAAAACGAAGACAGCAUAACGGUGAAAAGGCAAUAAAUACAAAUAAAGAACGUGUGCGACGAAGGCAAGCAGAGACCUUACAGUUGGAGAUUUUUGUGCAUAUUUUGAGUUAGAGAGCAACCGUGAAAGACGCACGAAGAAAAUUUCAAAUUAGAAAGAAAAACAAGAGGAGUGAGAAAACAAAAUAAUAUCUGAGUCGAACAGGGCAAGGUAAAUACAGCGAAUACCGUGGACGUGGAAAACUGCAAACGUAAACAAACAAAUACAAAUCUGGAAUUGAAAAAAAUACACUAAAGCUUGUUCGUUGAUAAUUUUUGUAUAUUUCCGACUGAAAGUCUUCAGAAAAACAUAUCAAUAGCAUUUAAAUUAAAAAAUUAAAUUUUGGAAGCAUAUCUCCAGGCGCAAACCGCUGUAAUAAUUUCCAGUAAAGGUACUUCAGUUAUAAAAAUAUAUGUCAUUGAUCAUCGCUUAAUAAAACAAUAACAACUACCAAAUAGCGAUAACCACAAACAUUCACUCACUUUCUAAGCCAAACAACGACGAUAGGCACCCAAAAUUAUGCUAACUAAUUGCGCAGGGAAAUAAACAAACAAAUAUAAACAAGUAAACGCAACGCAGCAACUUUGCAAGGUAAACGAAAAUAUAAAUUACAACUAAUUGAGGCAUACAUUUAGGCGCAUAAAAAAUAUAUAUCAACGCCGCGCUACGACUGUGAAGCGACGCGGAGGAAAGAGGUAGAAAUAACCCAUUUUGACUGUAGAAGUAGAAAACGAGAGCAGUCGAAGGAGCGUGCUAGCCAUAGGGUCAAUGCAUUUAAAUGAAAUAUUGUCAAUAACGAGGCGCACAACAUUGAAAUACAUCAACUUCUAGUCAACGGUGCAGAGAGCGCUAACAGCACUACAAAAACACUAUCACAACAAAAACGAAAAACUUAGACACAAUACACACAAGCACAAGAAAUGGCGUUCAUUUGGCGUCGACGCUCUGCGUCUAUUGUGAAAAUCGUUGCCAUGCUCACCGCCAUCUGGUUCACAGUGGCGUUCUUCCUAUACCACGAUGACUCUUCACAAGGUGGCAGCAGCAAAUGGAACGGCAUGUCGUUGGCGCUGAAAAGUGUUGGUGGAGGCGGUAACGUCGGUGCUGGCGCAGCGCCCCCUAACGCGCUCGAUGCUGAACCGGGCAUUUACGAGGGCGGUGGCGGUUUCGGCGUGGAUCGUGGCGGUGUGGCAGCGAACGAUGGUGGCGCGUACGUUGAAAGUGGUAGACGCGAACAGCGGCGCGGUGUAGGCGAUGUGCCACCACUCGAGGACAAUCAGCUGGAUGCAAAUGAAGAUUUAGCCCAACAGGCGGAUGGCAAUUUUGGGCCUGAUCUUAAUGUGGGCGAUGAAUCAGUGCGGAAUAAUGUGGUGGUGGAUGCGGCGGCGCAGCCAAACGAACGCGUCUAUCGUGGCAAAUUGAUUGCGGGUAAUAAACCCAGCAAGAGCGGCAUCAAAAAGGUGCCCGAAGAGGAUGACAAAGGCGUCCUCGUACCACCAUCUCCACCCAAGGAUGCGCCUGGUGAGAUGGGUAAGCCUGUUGAUUUACCCACUAACAUGACUGCUGAAAUGAAGAAGGCCGUCGAUGACGGUUGGACGAAUAAUGCAUUUAAUCAAUAUGUAUCCGAUAUGAUAUCGGUGCAUCGCUCAUUGCCGGAUCCAAGAGAUGCAUGGUGCAAGGAGCCAGGUCGUUAUAUGGACAAUCUGCCCGCCACCGAUGUCAUCAUCUGUUUCCACAACGAGGCGUGGUCGGUGCUGUUGCGUACAGUGCACUCUGUGUUGGAUCGCUCGCCGCCGCAUUUGAUUAACGAAAUUAUACUCGUCGACGAUUUCUCCGAUAUGCCACACACCAAACAACAGCUGGAAGAUUACUUCAGCGCUUACCCGAAGGUGAAGAUACUGCGAGCCCCCAGCCGUGAGGGCCUGAUACGAGCGCGUCUGCUGGGUGCACGCUAUGCCAAAGCGCCGGUGAUAACGUACUUGGAUUCGCACUGCGAGUGCACAGAAGGCUGGCUUGAGCCACUGCUCGAUCGCAUCGCUCGCAAUAGCACCACUGUGGUUUGUCCGGUCAUCGAUGUCAUUGAUGAUACAACAUUGGAGUUCCACUACCGUGACUCGGGCGGCGUAAAUGUGGGCGGUUUUGAUUGGAAUUUACAAUUUAAUUGGCAUGCAGUGCCGGAACGUGAACGCAAGCGACACAAGAACUCUGCUGAGCCUGUCUACUCACCCACUAUGGCUGGCGGUCUAUUCUCUAUAGAUCGUAAAUUCUUUGAACGUCUUGGCACUUAUGAUUCCGGUUUCGAUAUUUGGGGUGGUGAAAAUUUGGAAUUGUCUUUCAAAACUUGGAUGUGCGGCGGCACUUUGGAGAUUAUACCAUGCUCACAUGUGGGACAUAUAUUCCGCAAGCGGUCGCCAUAUAAGUGGCGCUCUGGCGUAAAUGUGCUGAAGAAGAACUCGGUUCGUUUGGCUGAAGUCUGGCUGGAUGACUAUGCGAAAUAUUACUAUCAGCGCAUUGGCCAGGACAAGGGUGACUUUGGCGAUGUGAGCUCACGAAAAGAACUCAGACGUAAUCUCGGCUGCCAGAACUUCAAAUGGUACCUCGACAAUGUCUACCCCGAGUUGUUCAUACCAGGCGAUUCAGUGGCGCAUGGCGAGAUAAGAAAUUUAGGCUAUGGCGGUCGCACAUGUUUGGACUCCCCAGCGGGCAAGCGGAACUUGAAGAAGCCAGUUGGAUUAUACCCGUGCCACAGGCAAGGUGGCAAUCAGUAUUGGAUGCUGAGCAAGGGCGGUGAAAUACGACGCGAUGAGGCCUGUCUCGAUUAUGCUGGCAACGAUGUGGUUCUGUAUCCAUGUCACGGCUCCAAAGGAAAUCAGUUCUGGAAGUAUAUUCAGCAGAAGCGUCAAAUACGACACGGUUCAUCUGAUAAGUGUCUGGCCAUAUCCGAGAAGAAGGACAAAGUGGUCAUGGAGGAGUGUGAUUCGACACAAUUGCGACAACAAUGGAGGCUUGAAAAUUACGAUCCAUCGAAAUUGUGAGGUUACUUUUAUGCCAAUGGCACAGUUUUAUUGCCGACGCACAAGCGACGAAAAUAGCAUAAAUUACGCACAGGAAAUGCGCAACAAAAACGCAUACAACAACAGCAACAACAACAAACGAAACAGAAGCACAACCAGCAACAACAACAACACGGAUAUAUACAACAUAAAGCGUCACAACAAAUGAGAUACGGAAGUGGCGAACAGGGACAGCAGCAGCAAAAGCAAAAACAACAUCAAAUACAAAAACAACAAAAGCAACAUCAACAACAGCGACAGCACUAUAAAUUGCAGCAAGCAACUGAAAUG